AUGGAUGUCCGGCGCGAGGACGCGGAGGGAUACCGCACAAUAAUUAUUCAAACCUCUUCAACAGCCGCUGGCACUGUCAUUCCAAGAUAUAGCUCUCGAACGAGCCGAAAAUUGCCGACUUUUCUUUUGUUCAUUAGAUCUUCUUUACGGCCCAUGUUUUUAUAUUGGACAUGCUCAUUGAAUUCAGCAUCUUUCCAAUUCGGGAACCACGAGCCAAUGGUUAUCUCUGCUCUAGACAGUACCAUGCUGGCUUUCAUUGCUCGCCAUUUUUCCUUUUUACUUUCACCAGACUUUAUCUUCCGAAGCGAAUUUACCAGCAUGCCAUGGAGACAUUAUCAUCCUCAUCUUUGGAAGUGUCACACUACAUGGUUAACCACGACUACAAAGAUUUGA